CUGCGUGCAGCUGCGCGACCCGAACGCCUGGACAUGCAUGCUGGCCUAGACCAUCGGAUUGCAGCCGCGAGCGCUUGGGGCCCUCGCAACCCUGCUUCCCGAGCGGGGAGGUUAGUCAUCUCGGCACGCCCACAGUUCGCCGGUCGUUUCCGGGGGCCCGAGAAGGCCCGCUGGCUCACAAGCCUUGCACGAAGCUCCUCAUCAAGAGAUAAGGCAGAUUUAUCUGGGCGCAAAGCCUACAUGGAUCCAAAGUCUGAGUAACGGUCACACCCAGUUCUGCGCUAACGAGUUAUCAUAAUUCAGUAUUCAACACAGCAAUCAAUAUAGCUGUACCUACAAGCUAUCCAGAAUGCAUACUUUACACAGUCCUCAACUCAACAGCAGCAAAAGAAAGGCUCAUGGACCCAGUCACGCUUAACUACACUAAGCAUGACGCCAAGUCUGGUGCCGAGGCUCCAGUCGCGCCGUGCUGCCUGGGACAAAGCAAGAAGGAGCUUUUGGGCCCUGACGCCCAUUGUGACGCUUUCGACCUCCGAGUUCUGCUCUAUCACUAUUCUAGUCUUAUCGCUUAUAGGGCGCUCGUAUGGCGGGGGCUGUGACUGGACAGCGCCCUCGAAACCAAACGGCGUGUGGACGCUGUCAGGUUGCUCGCUGGUCCUCGGUACCAACCAAACAGAAACAGCAGGCAACGGGACAGGGGGCCUGGUGACCCGCGCUGGGCGCGAGCCGCUGGACUGGCUUCCUCCGGGUUGGAAGCCUCCUGCCGGCAACGCGUCAAGUGCCCUGCUGCACAACCUCACGCUCGCGCUGCCGACCUGCGACACGCUGUGGGACCUGGCGGCCGCCGAGUGCACAUUCCGAGCCUCGGCAAGAUGGCCCACACCCGGGCUCCAGGCCGGCGCCGCGUUCCUGUUCUACCGCUCGGUCCAGGGCCUGCGAUCCGCCGCAGUGGCCGUCAACAUCACCUGCCCACCAGACCUGUGGGCGGCCAGCCUGGCGGCGUCGGUGUUCGCGGUGGCGACAGCAAGCCCCGCUAAUAACAACAGCAGCAAUAAUAGCAGCAACAGCAGCAGUGGUAAUAGCACAAGCAGCGGCGGAGGCGGCUGGUCAUCCGUGUAUGGUGGCAGCCCCGUGCCCCUGGCGCCGUGCGCCACAGCGACCGUCACAUCAGGCGAUGAGCUUGUGGCGGCACUGGCGGCUCUGCAGCAGUCGGCGGCGCGGGUGCUGCUGACGUUGGCCGCCAACGUGUCGCUGCCGCCCACGGGCGGCCCCACGCCCAUGCGCCUGGCUGUGGCGCCGGAGGAUGGGCUGUCGCUGGCGGCUCGAGUGUACCGCAACGUGACACUGGUGGGCGGCGGCAGUGCGGCCCCCUACGGCGCGCGGCUGCUGACGGCCGAGUACCUGACAGCACUGGCGGCGGCUGAGGCGGCGGCUGCAGCUGCAGCUGGCGGCGGCGGCGGCGGGAGUAGCAGCAGUCUGAGCGCUUUGCUGGGAGGGGCCACGCCAGGGGGCACCGAGGUAAACUUCCGGCAGCGCCGGAACGGGGCUUACCUGUCCGGCCGAGCCGCUCAGGCAAGCGCGGGGGAGGUGCCGGGCGGGGCCGAGGGGCUGCGGCCCGUGCUGACCCUCGCGCAUGUGCACAUUGUCAACAUCCCCCCCGGGCCGCCCUCGUCCUGGCCCAUGGGGCUCAUGUCCACUUUCCACUGGUGGCUGGGCGGCACGGACAAGGUGGGACCAGUGGCGCCGCAGCUGAUCGCGCUGCGUUGCGCCACCACCGGCACACCCGCAGAGCUCAGCUACCAGCUGGGCUGGUACAGGCUGCUGGUGGCGGUGUCGCGGGCGGAUCGGGACAAGGCCGCCUGGAUGGCGUCGUGGGCCAACCCGCUGCUGCAGGUGCGGUCGCCCGAGGAUGGCACCAUCACCACCUACAACCAGGCCGGAGCCUUCCGGGCUUACUACAACACAUCCGUGCAGACCAAGGUGCUCCUGACAACACCCGGUGCAAACGAAUUCGAUAUGUGGACCGACCUGCCCGCAGUGCCGCCGCCAGCAGCAGCGCUGGCCAACACGACUGGAGCGGCCGCCCCGGCAGCAGCCGCCUUGCUGCCCCCGACUGCGUUUGCGUUCGCCAACAGCACUGCUGAGCUCCUCGCGCUGAUGCAGGAGCCGUGGGUCGGCACGGGCAGCUCCGCCCCCUACGGCCGCUUCAUCUUCCUGUUGCGCAACAUGAGUCUCAGCGCGGAUGAUGGGCUGUGGCCGCAGGGCGGCGCCGCGCUGUCGUACAAUGUGACCCUGUUCGGCCCCACACGCGGGUACCCGCCCGUACGGCUGGACACCGGGUCGCUGCCGCUGGUGUCGGCGGCGGCGGCGGCGCCGUCCGCGUCAGCAGUCGUGCUUGUUCGCUUCCUGCGGCUGCAGCUGGCGGGUAGCAUUGUAAGGGCGCUGACGGCGGUGCCGCGGGCUGCCGUGGCGGACGCCCCGCCAGACGCGGCAGUGGUGCUGGCGGCGACGCCAGAGCUGCGAGCAUGGCGAGACAGGUGCCUUGGGUCCGCCGCUGCCAACAGCACCGGCGGCAGCAGCACCGGUGUCGCCCCCGCCACUGCCACUGGAACUGCUGCUGUGUGGCAGGCAGAGGCUUACAGCUCCGUGCUGGAGCUGCCAGCAGCAUCACUGGUCCCCCUGCUGGCGCCUACCACUCCAGCAGCAGCAGCCAACGCCACGGCAGCUGGCGGGCUUCCGUCGCAGCUGCAGCUGCCGGCGGGCCCAGCUUCGGCCCUUGUGGCGCUGGCGGCCUUGUCGCAGCCGGGCGCAGUAGUUUACCCGUCGGUCUACAACAACAGCAGUAGCACCGUUGAGUUGCUGUUGCGUAACGGCAGCCUGCUACUUCCGGGAGGAGACGCCACCACCAGCGGCGGCAGUAGCGGCAGUAGCGGCGGUUCCUGGCUGGCGGCUUAUGGAUCCAGCUUGCUGGCAACACCCUCGGCCUCAGCUUCUGUCGAGGAGGGCGCAUGUGACGCCGGAUCUCUGCUCAUGAUCCUGCAAUCACUCUCGGACUCUCAGCGCGGAGUGCAACCGCAGCAAGACGCCUCCCAGUCACCACCGCCGCCGCCACAAGGCACUGCUGGUGGCGGCAGUAGCAGUGGCGGCGGUGGCAGCAGCGAUGUGGGUGCCAUUGUUGGAGGCGUGGUGGGCGGGGUGGUGGGGGUGGCGGUCGUGGCCGCUGCGCUGGUGGUGUGGCUUCGGGCCCGUAGCAAGCGUCAACACAUGCAGCAGAAAGACAAGGAUGAUAUCGAGAAGCCAACGCCCGCAGCGGUUGAGGAGCGGGUGGGCGGCGGCGGUGGUGGCGGCGGCGGUAGCAUCAGUGGAAACGGGAAGGCGCCACACGCCGAUUCCAGCACUGCUGCAAGCGGCGGUGGUGCCAUGAGCCCAGCGAGCCGGUCGGAGGAUGCCACAGCAGCCGCAACCGGCACAACACACGUGCUGCUUAGUGCAGGAGUGCCGGCGGCGGCAGGGGUUGCCGUGGCGCCGCCGGAUGCCGCCGCCGCUAGGGGCGAAGCGUCAGUCGCUGCUGGUGCAGUUGCGGCAGCGGUGGUGGUAGCGGCGGCGGCAGCUGCCGAUGUGCACACUCCACAGCCGCUUCUGCCGCCUUCAGGCAGGCUCGUUCAAGUUCACUCCGACGACGCGGGGGCGCAUCGCCAGAACCACGACCAGCAGUUACGGCUACAGCAUGCGGCGGCGGGCUUUCAAGACGGCGGCGUUGGCGUUGGCGUUAGCGGCGGCGGCGGUGAUGGUGCGGCCAUGACCGGCCUCACCUUCAGUACCUUCUCGAGCCCGCCGCAAGAGGGCCUGGUGCCAUCCUUUGGCGGCGGCGGCUCACCGCUUCCUGCCGUCGCAGCAGCAACGGCACAGCACAAGCAGCGGCAGCGAACCAUGGCCCAGCAAAUGCGGCUGGAGGGCGGCAGCGGCAGUGACGGCGGCGCGGCGUCGCCGGCUGCCGCCGCCGCCGCCGGCACAGAGACAACACAGACGGCGGCGGACCUGGCACAGAUGAUUGAGGAGUACACGGCCGCUGCUGCGGCCGGCGCCGCCAACGCCAGCAGCACCAGUUCCGGCGGGCCUGAGAGUGGGCGCGGCGGCGGCAAACCCGUACCCGGGGCCUACGCGCCGCCGCGAGUCCUCGGGCGCGGGGCGUUUGGCGUUGUGGUGCUGGGCGAGUGGCGCGGCCUGCCGGCCGCUAUCAAGGUGAUGAUGUUCACGGCCGGCGACGCCAAGCGCGCGCACCGGCUGGCCCGAGAGGUGGCGCUCACCACCAGCCUGUCGCACCCCCACGUGGUGCCCACCUACAACUACACACUGGAGACACUGCCGGCGGACGGCGGCGCCCCCUCGGUGCUGGGACCAGCCGCCAUCAAGAGCGGCGGCCGCCGGGAGGUGGCGGCGGCCAUGGCGGAGACGCUCGCGGCGGAUGACCCGCUGGCUGUGGUGCGGCUGCGGCUGGUGAUGCAGUACUGCGAGGGAGGCAGCCUGGGGGCGGCGCUCAAGGCGGGGCGCUUUGACCAGCAGCAGCUGACGCAGCUGCCGUGGGGCGGCGGACCGCCGCUGUCGGCGGGGGCACAGGCGGCGCGCACCUCGCCAUCUACGCCGUCACAGGGGCCGGCCGCGGCGGCGGGUGGGCCGUCAUCACGGCAGCAGUCGGUCCGGCCGGCUGCGAACAUGCCUCUGGCGCUGGUGGCGGCGCUGGACGUGCUGUCGGGCCUCCGCUACCUGCACGCCUGCAACGUGGUGCACGGCGACCUCAGCGAGAACAACAUCCUUCUGAAGUCUGUGCAUGCCGAGCUGUCGCCAACCGCACUGAGGAGCGCCGCCGCCGCCGCAGCAGCAGCAGCAGACACGACCACAGGCGAGGGCGAGGCGGCCGCCGCUGCUGCCGGCACACUUGCCCCCGAGCACAUGCCAGCGGGACAGGGAAUCACAGCCGCCGCGCCGCCUCCCAGCGCCGCCAGCGGCACAAGCGCUACUGCUGUGGUGCUCCAGCAGCAAGCUACCCCGCCGCCACCUUACGUCGGCGCCACCACCACAACCUCUACCACGACCGGUGGCAGUGACGACGAGUGUCGGCUUCCGCCCCGCCCCACGACGGGUCCGGAGCAGCAAGCGGCAACACUCAGCACCGGCGGCGGCAACGGCACUGGCAACGGCGGCGGCUUCAGUGGCGGCGGCAACAGUGCCGGCCUCGGGGCGCCACCCCAGUCGUCCAACACAUCCACCACCAUGUCUUCCGUGCAGCAGCAGCAGCAGGCUAGUGAUGCAACAGCCAGCAUCGCCCAGCUCUGCAGCGCUGAUGGUGGCGGCGGUGGUGGCGGCGGCGGCCGCGGUGGUGGCGGUGGUGGCGGCAGCAGCUCGUGUGGGCCGCCACACUACUCGGCGGCAGCGCUCACUUCCACGAAUAGCAGCAUGAGGGCAUCCGGGCUGGCGGGCUGGCCGGCGGAAGGGCAGUGGGAUGAGGCGUCACUGGCGCGGGCGGUGCGGCUGCUGCUGGGAGUCAAGUUCAAGAUCAGCGACUUGGGGCUGUCCGUGCAGAUGACCGGCGAUGCACAGACUCACAUCAGCAACAUGCGGCAGGGCACGCCGGUGUUUGCCGCGCCAGAGCUUGUGGCGAGCGGCCGCCUGGCGCCCGCAGCAGAUAUGUACAGCUUUGGAGUGGUCCUGUGGCUGCUGCUACACGGCGUGUCACUGGGGCAAGUGUCGCACCUGCUGCCGCGCUCCGCCAUCAUCCCUGCACACGCCGCGCUGCUGCGCCACUCCUCGCCGGAGCUGCCGCCCGCCGCGGCGGCACUGCUGGCGGACUGCCUGGCACCCUCGCCGGCGGACCGCCCCACAGCGGCGGCGGCGCGGGAGCGCGUGGAGCACCUGCUGCAGGAGGUGUUGGGCCCUGAGCUGGCUGUGCUGGUGACGUCGGGCUGCGAGCGGCAUUAGCAUGGUGGUGCAGCGGUGGUGCUGCCGGUGCAGAUGGCACCGAGCGCGCCCGGGCCGACCUCCCUGGGUGGCGCCACAAACACCAAGAGCAGCAGCAGCAGCAGCAGCAGGGGCGGGAAGGAAUACUGGAGACUGGAAGGGCGGGAAGAGGAGGGGAGGGUGCUGGGGCAGAGGGAGCGAGACAGGGAGGGAGGGAGGGAACGGGCUGCCCCUCAAUUGCUUACAGCCCAACCGCGCCAGCGGACUGUCACUGUUCAGGCAACCGGGGGCAUCCGAGGCUCUCUCGCAUUAGCCGCCAGGGAUUGUGAGGCGCGUUCCUACACGAAGCACCAAUGCGUUUGGUCUACGCCAGGCGACAAACGGAACGGCGGAAGAGGGCUAGCGCUGAACAAACUGUCUGACAGCUCCUCACAUCACGGACCUAGGCCGGAUGGAGGACUUAAUUGCUCACCGAACCCAUGUAAGGGUUUUUGUACUGUGGUGGUAAUGACGCAAUGAGGGAGUUACUGCAACUGACAUGGCAACCAGAAUAAGACGGCCCAAUAGUUGCAGCCGACUUGAGCACAGGACUGAUGAGUGUACAACACAAUAAACUCAAAAUGUCAUCGUGGGAGAGUGAGAGUAAUAAUGGAUUGUGCAACUAUGGAAUGGUACUGGGAAUUGCUUUCACGGCCACCUGGCGGCUUGACACGACGGCGACCUCCGUCACACGGGGCGGCGCGUGUUGCACUGAUGGUAAUUAUGGUGUGUGUACCAGACGUGGGUGUGUUGCUCGUCACGGUACGGAUGCGUGCCUGCCGGCCCCAGCUCUAUUACGCUAGGUAAUCGUAUGUGUGUGCCCUCUUGCUGUGCUGCCAUAUAGUAUCGUGCACAUGUGCAAUCGCGCUCUGGCACAUGUUACCGUAUCUAGUGCGCGUGGUGCAAUCGCGCAUAAUGCAGUGACGAGCUGCUGGACCGUAAUCAAGGGGAGUACGGUAUGAGGGGUCUGAUGUAACGGGUCGAUGCC